UUGGAUAUAAUCCAUAUUAUUAUUAUUAUUAUUAUUUCUUUUCCUUCUCUCUUCUCUCUUCUAAUAUAUGCAUUCCUCCUCCUCCUCCAAUCUGCCCGCUUAUCUUCUAUUGAGAAGACCUAUUCCUCUUCCAGAAUCACCGAAGCCAGUCACAAGCUUACAUUUAUUCUUUUUGUAACAGAGCCAAGUCCAAGUAGUCUCGUCCAGCCAUUGCGUUCAGAACCGGAACUGAAGUAAGCUUUUAAGCUCGUUCAGGUGCCCGAGAUUUUAUACCCGACCUAUUCAUUUUAGUCUCUUUUCCGUACUGCUAAUAAAGAAAAGCCUGUCUUCGCUUCACACCGGGCAUAACUGAAGAAGAAACAGACUUGAUUGUUGCCCAAAAAAGGGUCUGAUACAUCAAACCCCCAAUUGCAAAUGCGACCCAACAAUUAUGCAAUUUUUACUUUAAAUCAAAACUCCCAAUUUUAUGCUCUUCAAACCCUAGGUCUAUAUAUAUAUGUGUAUAUAUAUAUAUAUAUAUAUAUAUAUAUAUAUAUAACAUGAAGAGAUGAGAUGAGAUGAGAUGAGAGAAAAAUUGAAAGAGAUGAAGAUGAGAGGAGAGUUAUAUAUGAGGUUUCAGUGUGUUUGAUGGCUUGGCCGGAGCUUCCUUGCUCGCCGGAGGUCGAAUAGAUGAGAACGGCAGGUGGGCUCGGAAGGACUCGCUGUGCAGCAUCAAGAAAAUAAAUAUCUUGAUAUUGCCGUCUCACCCCUGGGAUCUAUGUCUUGUAGGUCAAUGGCUUCGCCUUGAACUGGUUCUCACCUACGGCCCACAAUUGUGAGACAAAUGAAACUGUUGCUGUCAAAGAGUUUGAUAUUAAUGACGAAUCUGAUGGUGUCCCGAGUUCAACAAUCAGAGAAAUCUCUUUUUUGAGAGAGAUGGAUCAUAGCAAAUAUUGUCAGGUUGUAGGAUGUAGUGAACACUGAAGUGGAUGGAACGAAAAGAGUGUAUCUCAUAUUUUAGUAUAUGGAUUGUGAUCUGCAGAUGUUCAUGCGGACUUGUCCAGAGACUGCCAAGAAUCCACAUGUGAUAAAAAGGUUUCUGCAUCACUUACUCUGUGGUCUUGCCUAUUGUCAUUCUCACAAAAUUCUUCACCGAGAUCUGAGACCACAUAAUUUGCUGAUAGACUCCAAUAAAAGAAUCCUGAAGCUUGCAGACUUUGGAUCAUCCAGGGAAGUUGGUGUUCCUCUCAAAAGAUAUACCGGAGGGGAAGAGAAUCUAGCAGAAGUAGUUCCCGAUCUUGAACCAGCUGGAGUCGAUCUUCUUUCUAAAAUGCUUCGCCUCAAACCAAGAGAAAGAAUCACAGCUUAUGAUGCACUGAAUCACCCGUACUUUUCUGGCGUUGAGACACUUUGAUUCCUCUACAGACCUGCAUCUUUCUGCUAUACCAACAUUACAGCAAUCUGUGGUUUAGUGUUCGAGAAGAUUGUGUACCAUUGAUUGUGUACCAUUGAUUGUGUAUUUUUCAUUGUAAGUGGCCUGACACCAAUAGAUAGUGCUUGGUAAAUACCUUGGUUUGCUAGUUGCUACUCUCCCUCCGGUCUGAGGAAAUGAUUCAUAUGUUGCGUAAUCUUCUCAUUAAGGCGGUCUGAACACCUAUAGAUACUGCUUGUAAAUGGAUCAUUACUUUGUAUGUGAAUAAUACAUUUGUGGUGCAUCUUUCGUUUGUUACCUGUUCAAA